AUGUAUAUUUCAUUUUACAUAACAGAUACUAAUAAUGCAUUGAUUUUUCAAUUUUUAAUCAAUUCUAAUGCUCCAUCUUUUAGACAGAUUUUAACUAAAUUACAAAGUAUAUACCCUGAACUAGGUGUAAGCUUAAAUAGAGGUUCAGAGAAGAAUGAAUCCUUCGAAAAUGGUGGUAAAUUUUUACAUGGAAAUUUAGGUACUGAUUUGGAAAUUUUUGGUUAUUAUUCAAAAAUUAAUAGAUUUUACUAUUGGUGUCUAAAAUCAAGAUCAAAGGAUAAUACCGAUCUUGAUCCUUAUGUACUAUUGGAACAGAUCGAUGUAAAACUAAUGGAUUAUUAUGACAAGGAUGGAUUAUCUGUAAAAAAAAUUAGCAAUAAUUAUGAUCAAAUUUCAUUAAUAUUUUAUUGGAUGAUAAAUGGUGGUGAACCAAACGUCGGUAAAACCUCUACAAAUUUUAUAAAGGAGAAUGUACCAAUGAAAGUAGACUUAUCAAAAGUGUUCACUUCAACUGCACAAAAUAUACAAAAGGCUAUUCAAUCAUCUCAAGCCCAAAAGCCAAUUUUCCAAGAUUUCUCUUUCCAAGAAAAUAAAGCUAAUGCUCCUUGGAGAUCUCAAAAUGUUAAACAUAAUAAUAAUGAAAUUUAUAUCGAUCUAGUAGAAUCUGUACAUGUUGUGUAUCAAACAAAGAUCAGAAGAUCCAAUGAAUUGACACGUUCUAAACAAUCAAUCAAAAAAAUCGUUAAUGGUUAUCUAAAAGGCACAGCUUACGUUCAAAGUUUCCUGAAUGGUAAUCCAUUAGUUGAAUUACAAUUAGAAUUAUCGGGAAAUGAUAUCGGCCAUCCUUCUUUCCAUGAAUGUGUUGAUAUAGAUGAAUAUUUGAAAAACAUUGACAACAGCUCAAUAAGUUCAUUGAAAUUUAUACCACCUGAUGGAAAAUUUACAUUGAUGGACUAUACAAUAACUCUAGACCCUACAAAGGAGAAAGAAAAGUCAUACGGAAGUUUUAGUAAUAGAAUUGGUAUGGUCGAUAUCUUUUUUGAAGAUGGGCUAGGCUCAAAUGGUGAUGAAUUUGAAGUGUCUAUUAAUAUUGGUAAAUAUAAUCAAGUUACAGAGAUCAAAAAUCUGAAGGUGGAAUUACAUUUUUCUGCUACGGCUACAAAUAAUGGGGAUUUCACUGAAGUAAAACCUAGCAAUUACGAUAUUGAACCAAACGGGAUAGACGGAAAUAAAAAAUCUAAUAUUCAAAAGUUUGAUAAUAAUAAUGAUGAUUUCAAUGAUCAUGGUGAUGAUAAUAAUAACACCGAUGAUGAUAAUGAUGAUGAUGAUGAUGAUGAUAAUAAUAAUAAUAAUAAUGAUGAUGAUGAUGAUGAUGAUGAUGCCGAAUACAAAAUAAAGAUGUUGAGAAGUACGCAUGGUAGAUUUGAAAAUAGCAUAUCGCCAAAUAAAUCAAUUUGGAUUUUUGAUGAAACAACACCAUCGGGUAUAUCACCAACUUUAAAUGGUUGUGUUGAGUAUUCAUCAAAAACCCCUAUUACUAAAAUGUAUUUAAGUCGUAUUUCACUUCAUUAUGAGCAUAUAGGUCAAUUGGCAAGUGGUAUUAGGGUUAAGACCCUCAAUAUUGUUUCUGGCUUAAAAGCUUUUAAUGAUGAGAAAUUAUUUAAAGGUGUCAAAUAUGCAACAAAAACUGACGAUUAUUCAUUAAGAAUAAAACCUGUGCUUCAAUAG